CAAACCCCAGACCAGCCCAGACUGACUGCACUGCCACCUGCAAUCUCUGAGCCAUCAUGCCACUCAGCGCCCACCUGAUCCUGACAGCAACUCUGCUCUGCUGCUUUGCUACCAUCUUUGCAUUCCCUGAACGCAUGGUUCAACAUUGCCUCUGCCUGAAAACCACCAAUGUCAAAAUGAACAUGCGCCAGUUUCAGAGCAUUGAGAUCCUGCCCGCUAGAGGAAGCUGCCCCAGAACUGAAGUCAUAAUCACCAGGAAAGACAAAUCCAAAGUGUGUGUGAACCCCAAGGCCAAGUGGAUCCAGGAAAUCAUCGAUGAACUCGUUAAAAGAAAAACCCUGAAUCUGGCAACCAGGCGAGGUGUAUAGCGCCAGCGCCCUCUGCAGUUUAAACUAUAGAAAGUAAGAAGGACUCCACACGUCUGGCCUGAAAUACCACAUGAACCACGCUUUCAGCCUGAACCUGACUGCACACGCUGCAUCUCCUCUAUAUACCAAAUUCAACUCACUGAAUGAAUCAACUGUGAUUUAGCUAAAGUGAAACUCACUGAUGAAACUGUAAGAUGAUUGUAAGUGAUUUGAGUGGUAUGCAAUAAAUUUUUUU